AGUGGCAAGUUGUUUGUUACAGCGAACACCAGCUGCUCUCCGCGCUGUGCGCCGCCGCUCCGCCAGCGCUGCAGCCCUAGCCCGCCGCCCGCGGCCCCUCGCGGCUUGGCGGGCCUCCCCUUUGUCCGCCCGGGCCCGCCCGUCGCCGAGCUCCCGGUCCCCGGGCUGGCUGCCCGCGGCGCUCGGUGCCGGCUGGGCGCGCAGGGGGCGGGGGCCGCUGCUCGCCCCCCGCCGAUGAGCCGCCGCGGAGCGCGGGCGGACGAUGGAACUCCACAUCCUGGAGCACCGGCUGCAAGUUGCCAGCGUCGCCAAGGAGAGUAUUCCGCUCUUCACCUACGGACUGAUCAAACUUGCCUUCCUGUCCUCCAAGACCAGGUGCAAGUUCUUCAGUCUGACCGAGACACCGGAGGAUUACACCAUCAUCGUUGAUGAGGAAGGGUUCCUGGAGCUGCCCUCCUCGGAGCACCUGAGCGUGGCAGAUGCCACCUGGCUGGCCCUCAAUGUGGUAUCAGGCGGCGGCAGCUUUUCCAACUCCCAGCCCAUCGGCGUGACCAAAAUCGCCAAGUCGGUCAUCGCCCCACUGGCCGACCAGAACAUCUCUGUGUUCAUGCUGUCCACCUACCAGACGGACUUCAUCCUGGUGCGUGAGCGGGACCUGCCCUUUGUCACCCACACCUUGUCAUCAGAGUUCACCAUCCUCCGGGUUGUCAAUGGUGAGACAGUGGCAGCUGAGAACCUUGGCAUCACUAAUGGCUUCGUGAAGCCCAAGAUGGUCCAGAGGCCUGUCAUCCACCCCCUGUCCAGCCCGAGCAACAGGUUCUGUGUCACCAGCUUGGACCCUGACACGCUGCCUGCUGUGGCCACACUCCUCAUGGACGUCAUGUUCUACUCCAACGGAGUGAAAGAUCCAAUGGCUGCCGGUGACGACUGCGGCCACAUCCGCUUCUUCUCAUUCUCCCUCAUCGAGGGCUAUAUCUCCCUGGUGAUGGACGUGCAGACCCAGCAGAGGUUUCCUAGUAAUUUGUUGUUCACAAGCGCAUCUGGAGAGCUCUGGAAGAUGGUGCGGAUUGGAGGACAGCCCCUGGGAUUCGAUGAGUGUGGCAUCGUGGCCCAGAUCUCCGAGCCCUUGGCCGCUGCAGACAUCCCUGCCUACUACAUCAGUACGUUCAAGUUCGACCACGCACUGGUACCAGAAGAAAACAUCAACGGCGUCAUCAGCGCCCUGAAAGUCAGCCAAGCAGAGAAGCAUUAGAAGGGCCUCUUCCACUCCCCGUCUGCCCUCCAGGCCCGGGCCCAGCCCCCCCCUCCCCCCCGAAGAUCCUUUCAGUAUUUCUCAACAGACUGGAAAAUCGGCCCCAGGGCCCCAAAGAAGGGGCCUAGGUGACACUCCCAAUUUCCUGGAGCCCAAGCCAAGGCCUCCCCUGUCCUCUCGCCUUCCUAGAUCCCCCAAACCCUCCCGAGAACCCCCUCCCCCACUUCCUCUCCCCACCCCCACUCCAGAAAAUUCUGUCUGAGGCCCAGGGAGCUUCUGUGCUGACCCACCUCCUCACCUGGUCAUGCCCACAGCUGGGGGCAGACACCGAAGUAAGCUGGUGCCUCCUGUAAGACACUGGGGUACCCAUUUGCAUGUCAUCUUGGGGGCAUGCCGAGUAGGGCUGAGUUCAUGGAGCCUGGGAAGGCCCCCCGUGAGGGCAGGAAGCUGGAUACUGUGGUUGCUGGUCUCUGGUUCCAUCAGCUCAGGGCUGGUUCCCGGAGUGGAGGCCAGUGGGCGGUCCAUGAGGUUACCGUGGAGCACAUGUGGGACCCCGAACUGGGGAGGACCGGAGCCACCCAGAACCUUGCCUGCCAACCACAGGGCCUGGGCCCCAACUCCCAGCAAGACUGCCAAGGGGGCCUUGUCCAGACCCUCCCCACCACAAGUACUCACUCCUGGGGGUGCGGGUCCCAGGAGACCCACCAUCCUGGGGCCUGAGCUGCUGUCCCUUCCACUUUCCCUGGACCCUCCUCAGGCAGGCAGAGCCUCAGUGUCCCCCAAGCGGGGGCACCCCCAGCAUUCUGGGCCUGGGGUUUCUUAGGUCAUUCCCACCUCCCCAACAGUUGACUAGACCAGCAUAGGGCUCCCUCUUCCUUCUGCUCCCCUCCCUUGCCCCACUUCGGGGGACAUGGAAGGCCUCUGCCCCUAACUCACCUGCCCGCCUGCCCCUCAGUCUGGGGACUGUGGCAUUCAUGAGUACUUGACCUGGGAGGCAGCUUAUCUGAGCCUUAAUAGAGAAAACCGUACCAUGUUUUAGUUUCUUAUUUAAUGUAUUUGCGUCCAGGCUGAGGUUGGCAGCAGUUUCAGGAGACAGGGCCUACUGAGUUCUGUUGGGGGGCCCAGAGGCUCAGCGUUACUUGGCUGGUGCCCCGUGGCUCCAGGAGCGAGCAUGAGAACUGGGGGCCAUGGCCCCCUCUUUGGAGCAGGAAGCUAGGAGCAGAGAGCUCUGUUAUAAGAUGGGGGCUCUGGUGCACCUCUCAGGGCUGUCAGCCAAGCCCCCUGACAGGCGCCCAGGCAGCCACAGUGAGAUCUGAGCAUCAGAAGGGGCCCGAGGGCCACUGGGAGGCGGACAGCCAGGCCGAGGUGGGCUUGUCCCUCUGGAGCUUUUCAGGGAGAAUGGGGUGAGCCCCUGUGCCUCCUUUUCCGCUGGGGGCGCUUUCUGAGCGCACAGGGCCCACUGUGGCCCAGGCCCUUCCUGAUGCUCUUUUUUGGGCAGCAGCUGGCUGACUUGUGCUGACCCUGAGAAGCUCAGAGGAGAAGGGCUGUGCUCUUGAUCUGAUGAGGGGCUUGCAUGCACCCCACUCCCCACUUUGAGCUGUAUGGGACCCCGUGCCCUGGAAGCCCCCCACACGCAGGAGCUGUGCAUCUGGAUUCUUGCAGAUGCUUAGAGCCCAAGCACUGAGUAGGAACUCACCCUUUUUUAAGUUAAUUCAUUUUGCACAAAACUCUAAAACAACCAAAAUGUGUAAAUUGCUGGCUCCAAAAUGGGGGUGGCCAAGUGGGCAGGGCAGCACUUGAAGCCUGAGUCCCCUUUCUGUCCUGGGAAGGCCUUGGUUUUCCAUGGCUCACCUCUCCAGACCCCUUCUGUCGGUGUCCCUAAUGUCACUUCUACCCUCCCUGCUGAGCAAGCGUGUCGGCCCCAUGACCCCGGAAAUGCGUGCUCCCAGGCCCCUAGGGCGUAUCUAUUGUACACACCUAUAAAUACCUGUGUUUUAUGUUGAUAUAGAUAUAUACUGUAAAUAGCAUAUAUACUUGAGCAAUAUAUAUGUUAAUAUAUACUGUGUGGGCACACACACGUGUGUGUGCGGUACGUGGACACAGACCCCAGUGUGUAUGCGCGUGAGGGCCUCCGCCCACCAUGCCCAUGCACACAGGCACGUUUGAGCCACCAUAUAUUUUUAAUUCAAGUAUAUAGGCAAUACGAUUUUGAGAGAAGCCGGCUGCCUCAGCCCUGGCAUAAGAGGAAAAACAAAACCAGCAACCCAGGAGCUGAGCUGAGCCCUAGGUGGGGGUGUUGAGGGUUCCCCCCCACAGUCUCCCUUGGAAACUGGAUUCAGCCCCUUCCUGCACCCCCGUUUCCACAGCCAAGGCCCCUGACACCUUGUAUUUGGGGGAUGGAAGAACAGAGGUAGGAGGAGUUGGAACCUCUUGAUUUUGAACAGAACCGCCGCCUUCCCAGGCGCUCAGCCUGAAGACCCACGCCAGCUGGAUGGUAAUCCCCAGCUCUCCAGCCAGGCCCGCUCCCUUCACGUAGCUGUUUUCAUGCUGAUGACUUACCUGACUUUUUUCACCUGCAAACUUAAGAGACCUCAGGUUCUUUUCCCAGGUCUCCUGGGGGCUGGCCCCAUCUAACUGAAAAAGGAUGCCUGUAUGCCAUUGAUGUUGUGUCCAGGGAGGGGUUGGGACAAGGCGGCAGCUGCCCCUCAGGAAACCCCUCCCUUUAUUUUCCGAGUCCCCGUCCUGCUGAGGCGAUGCACAUCCUCUCGGGUGUCUUACGUGUCUGAGCAGGGCCUGGGAGUGGCGGAGUCGGUGGUUUGGUCUCCACAGCAAUUUGGGGGCAAGAGUGGCCAGCGGACAUCCACUGUCUGCAGGUUUGCCAAGUGGGGGGUCUGCAGACCACAGGCUCCACUUACACGGAGCGUGUGCUGCUCUGCCGGGUUGACAUGGCCCAGACCCAGCAGAGAGGUGGCCCGAGGGAUGUGCCCUGUUGGGGCCGAGGAUUUCUUAGCUCUGGCUGGUGGGGCAUGCAGCCGGGGGAGGAAAGCUGGCAUCCUGGGCAAGGCUGCCGAGAGGAAGGGUGAGCAGGCCAGACCCUGUGUCUUGGUCUCUGCCACCCCCGGAGAAGAAAAGCUCAAACCAUCUAAAUGCCACUCACCCCUUAUCCACCCCUGUACACUACAGAGUGGGGUGAGCUCAAGGAGGGGAGAGUGAGGGACGGAGGGCAUGGCCACUCCCUUCUCCCUCGCCCAAUUGUAAAUACCUGCCUCUCUGUUCCAUCCUCAGCAUGGGCUCCCCUGGUUCCCAGGAAGCCCCUAUCCCCCUCGGCCCCUAGUUCUGACCCAGCAAAGAUGGGCAGUGCCAGCUCUACACCUCCUUCCCCAGGGUUCUCCAGAGCCCCACAAGAUGUGCUGCCCAUACCACUGCCCUCAACCCAGGGCACACACCCAACCUGGAGAGGCACGCAGACCUCCCUGCCCAAGAUUCAGGGGGCCAGGAGCCCCCAAGCACCAGCACUCUCCCCCUGCCACCACCUCCAGGCCACAGGCACCUGGUGGGCAGGGAGGGGACCAGAUAACUCAGAGCUGCCCACUGCGGCCUCCCCUGGCAGACAGUAUGGCCUACGGCACAGUGUGGCUUCCAGAAGAUGCGUUGUCUGAUGGGGCUCAUCUCUUCUGAGAUGACUGAACACCAUGGAGGUCUGGGGAAAAGGCUCUGAGGAGCUGGAAAGGGCCAGGCCCCCGUUUCAAGUGAAAGGCACUAUUUGCCUGGUAAUAGAGAUGAAGCUGCCCACACACCAGCAGCCCCUCUGGCCACAUCUCCCACGCAGACCUGUUAGGAGCCCCACGGCUGCUCUGGGCCACCUUUCUGAGCCUCUGGAUCCUGGAUUUGAGGACAAGUAGGGCCCUUCCCAGCCCCAGCUAAGAGAGGGGACCUUGGGGCUCUCCCAGGUGACAGCAGAGCACUUCAGCCCUGUGGCUGAGAAGUUGUUGAUGCCACUUUCCUGUGCGCACUGGGUGGAGGUUAGGAAGAAAUCUGUGCCCACUGUAGGUCAGGGCUGGGGAGUGGCCAGUCACUGCUGUCACAGCCACUGAGAAGUGGAGUUGGUGGUUGGCUUGAGAGAAGCUUAGGGAGAAGGAUAGUCUCCGGCAGUGGCAAGACUGGCUUUUCAGGUUUCCUAGCUACUGUGCUGAAGGAGGGGCUAGGCCUGGAGCCGGCUGGAGCCCUCCAUUCAAAGAGGCCGCCUGGGAGGGCAGCCAACCAAGAUGGCUGAUGGUGCUCAGCCCAGGGGAGGGGAGCCCUGGUAUGGCUAGAUACCUUUUCUUACAUCUCAGAGCUCAUCCCAGCUUUUUUUCUUUCUUUUUCAAAUUAGAGGCGCCAAAAGGAUGAGCUUCAUUCUGUCAUACUCCUUGCACAGAACAUGGGAGAAGCCGCAGGGUGGGCUGUGGCCUUCCACUAUGAUACUCUUACACUCCUGUGAAGCCUGCUCUCGGGAAAGUAAAGGACAGGAGCUGUUGGCUUGGGGCAGCCUGCUGUCUCUUGGGGCUGAUGGCACCAGGAGUGGCCUGCAGUAGAGGCAGAAGCUGGCAGCCUAGCCCAUGGCACCCAUGGGCAGCCUGGUGGUGAGGGAGUUGGUGGCUCUCAAUCCAAGGGAGGGAAUCAGCAGUGCAGGGCAGCCUCUGCCCUGGAGUCAGCACACUGUUCUGUAAAUGGCCACACGUGUUUGUGCAUACACACGGAUAUGUGGGUAUUGCUGUGUCAUACACAUUAGAGCACACGUGUGCAGAGUCCAAACCUGAGCUAAGGAAUUGGCUCAUUCAGUAUUUUGAAGCCUCAAUAGCAUUCUAACCCGUGGGCUACAUGUGGAGGUGUGGGGACAGGCCCCACAUGUAGGCCCACCUGGUAGGACUGCACCAGCCCAGUUGACUUUGUUAAAAUUGCUUUGUGGUGGGGGCAGAGGUGUCCCUGGCAGGGGCUCUGUCCACACAGCUAGACCUGAACCGACUCCUCAGAAGCAUCCAGCUCUGAAGUCAGUAUUCACAGGGAGAGGCCGUGGGUGCUAGAGCCUCACCUACUGGGGCUCCUCUGGGAAGAACGUCCAGCAAAAUUGAAAGCCAGGUCAGGGGAGGGCAAAGAUGCAGAACAGGCCCUAUUCAGGUCCCAAGACAGAAGCCAAGCUCAAUGUGUUUUCUGUCCACUGCCUCAGUAUACCCAUUCAGAAAAUGAUCCAGGAAGAACUGAGCAGGGUUGGCUACCAAACUGGGGUGGGGGGUACCUGACAUCAAAUCCCAAGCCCCCCUCUUGCUCUAUGCCAAAAUCAUUUCCGUUAUCUGAGAUGGGGGUGAGUGGAUGUUGGAUGCACGGGGGGGGGGGGCUCCAAGGAGCCUAUCUUGGGGAGUCGAGCCCUCACCUGGCAUGCCCCAGGUCACCAGCAGUAGCAGUGGCACCUACAUCUGUCCCAAGGUCUGGGUGAGGGGGAGAACUGGGCAGCCCUACACCUGGGCCCCUCAUGCUUACUUUGUUGAAGAAACACAAAACCCUCGAGAUUCAUGUACUGUAUGAUGGAGAGAAAAAAGUACCUAAUGUUCCCCAAAAAAGACAGUAUAUUUUGUACUUUGUAAAGUGUUGAUUAAAAUGGAGAAAAAAAAUGA